AUGAGCGUUGCCUCACCAAAUAAGCCAGCAGUUGUACAAUCAGAUGUUGACAGAAAGCUACGUUUCUACAGCGUAAUACAAGCAUUCAAAGCCUCGAGAUAUCCAUCUAACAGCCAGAUCGAUGAAACUCUGAAAUACGUCACUGAAAGCGCACCAUUUGAGGUAAACGAGCUCAGCGCAGAAGGAAAGAAGCUGGUACAAGAUGCUAGGGGGGUUAUUAUGACUGCCAACACUAUCGUCCAAGAGAAAAACAAAGAUGAAAAGAUUCAAGACUUCCUCUACAAAACUCGCUCUGUUGACUACUCAAAGGCUAAACGCGACGAAAUUGUUCCUGGUUUCACAAAGGACGGAACCAAAGAGGAAGGCCAAAAAGCCUUGGAACACUUACAAACAGUUUUCAAAUUACUUGCCACCAACAAUGAAGUCAGAAAGCUCCUCACCGACUGCAAAAUUAUUGGCCAAGAUUUGUUUGCUGAUGCUGCUCAAAAGGCUGCUGAAAUUGCUCGCCCAAACGAAGACAAGCUUGCCAAGAUUGACGAACCUGCUUCUCAAGGUUGGGUAAACAAGGAUGGUCGCGUACUCGGCCCUGAUGAGACUCCAGAAUUUGACAUGCCAAAGUUCAACAAAGCAAAGGAAUCUCGCGAAAAAGGUCACGAAAAAGCUGAGGAUGUCAAGAAGGCUGCUUUAGAGCGUAAAGACGAAGCAAAAGAAACCGCCGCCAAGCACACAAACGAUACUGCCAAAAAAGUUGACUCUAAAACCACUGAGCAAUCGGAUGUUUCAGACAUUCAAAAGGCUGUCAAUGAAGCUGGUCAAGAGAAAUCUCAAGAGACCAACGCUAAAGAGAAGGUUGAAGUAGGUAAGGAGAAGGCCAAAUUUACCGCUGAGAAUGGCAAGCAAAAUCUCAAGAACAAGGUUCCAGAGGAAUACCGCGGAAAAGUGAAGGAAGAAUUUGAGGACACCAAACGUCACCUUGAAGAAAAAUUCCCUAAAGAGCGUCGCGAAAGGUUCAUUGAGCGCAUGAAGAAGGUUCUUUACGAAAACCAGAAGCACAAAGACUGGAAGGAGGCUUUCGAAUUCUUUUUCAAAGAGUUCGAAAUAUACUACGGCCACGCUAAGACGGCUACUGAUACUGGAAAGGACAGUGCUGCCUCGGUUUUGAGUGAUCCAAAUGUCAAACAAGCUGCCAACGAUCUUAGAACGGUCUUGGAGAGAUUUGCUAACGGACGCAGCGCUUCACCGAUCUUUGAUGCUUUCCACGACCUCAUCAAGACUUUCGCAAACGACAAGGAACUUUCUAACUGGUUCGAAAAACUCAUCGCAUACAUUCGCAGACUUGUUCUCGAACCUGGUUACGUCCUCAAAGAAGAAGCAAAUACCGAUGGUGACAAGCUUGGUAAGGAUAUUCGCGCUAUUGUCGAAAGCGAGAAGUAUAAGGGCCAAGUCAAGAACAACCUCUCCAAGGAGAUCGCUGACUUCUUUGAGUCUAUGGGUGAGGACCCACUCAACAAAAAGUUCGGCGAAGACUUCAACAAGCUUUUCCGUGACUUGCUGUUUGACUCCAAUGGCAAAUUCACUUUUAAGAAACAUCUCUGGGCUGACAUCCGUGACCACAUUGUUCCACCAGUCGUUGAAAGUGUCGGAGCUGUUCCAAUUCCAAGAAUUGAAUACACUGAUCCAAAGCUUGAUGUUGUUAUUGAGAACCUUGUCCUUCAAGGCAAGAACCUCUUACCAAAUUACGUCAUUGCUGAGGCUUACAACAGGGUCAAAUUCUCACCUUACAAAAAGAUCAAGAACGAACAUCAACACGACAUCAAGAUUGAGCUCGGUCAAAUUCAAUGUGACCUUAGAGACGUCGCCUUCUACAUCAAUAAGAAAACUGGAUUCAAGGUACAAGAUGCUGGUCUUGCAGAUGUUUUCUUAGGUGGUAAAGGUGUCAGCGCUAAGAUCCACCUAAGCGUUAAGGGUGGUACCAAGGAUGUCUUCCAAGUCAAGUCUGUUCAGGCUAGCGUUGGUACUCUGAAAUUCGAUAUCAAGGACAGCAAGCACGAUAUUCUCUACAAGACAGCUCGUCCACUCGCAACCAAUCUCAUCAAGAAGCAAAUUGUCAAGGCAAUUGAGGAUGGUAUCAGAGGUGGUCUUGAAACACUCAACAAGAAGUUGGUCGAAAUCAAGAAGGAGAUGGAAGAGUCUGAGAAGAAGGGUGAUAAGGGUAGCACUAAGGGCUCUAUCAUUAAGAACAAGUUCAGCUCGAAGAAGGAGAAGGGAUCAACCAAACCAAGUCCAUCACAGUUCAAGAUUGUUGCCAACCGCAACUCAAAGCUGAUCGACGCUGGUCACAGCAAGGGAUGGAUCAACUUACAAGCUAAGUAUGAAGACCAAGUCAAGCAAGGCGAGGCUUGGAGAAGCAAAGCAUUUAGCGUUGUUCCAUCCAAGUCAAACAAGAAUCAAAAGAAGUAA